AUGCCCCUCCUGGCAACAACCCUCCUGACGGCCAUGGCAUCCGCCGACGUCCACCGUCAAGGACAACAAGCCGCCUUCCGCCUCGAGCCCCGUCACAACCACGCUUCCCACUCCAACAAACACCACUACAACAAGGUCGACCACUCCCACCACCGCAAGUCCUCUUCCAAGAAACAACGCCGCGAUGAGAUAAUGAAUGAGCCCUAUGCGAUGGCCCAAGUCUCAACUGACGAUAAGACUCUUAUCCGACGCGAUUCCGUGAAGCAGCAGGCGACUGUAAACCUGCACCGCAAGGACAAGGCUAACCAUUCGCAUCACAGGAAGUCGUCUCAUCAUCGCCAUAACAAGGUUGACCAUAGCCAUCGUCAGAGCAAGCGUGCGCUGGCUUUGCACCGUAAGGAGGCGAACCACUCGCACCAUCACUCGUCGACUUGCAAGCAUGAGAAGCGCGCGAUCGCCCUGCGCCGCAAGAAGGAUCACCACAAGCACAAGUCUGGAUCCUGCAACCACGAAAAGCGCGCGAUCGAGCUCCACCGCAAGAAGGCCAACCACUCGCACCAUCACUCGUCCACUUGCAACCAUGAGAAGCGCGCCUUGGCUCUUCACCGCAAGAAGUCGCAGCACCACCGCAACAAGGUCGACCAUAGCCAUCACCAUAAGUCCUCGUCCUCCUCGCACAAAGUCCAGAAGCGUGCCGCCCCUGCUGACAAGAAUACCAACAACAAGAAGGUCAACGCCGACAAGGAGCUGGCCUUCCACCGCAAGAUCAACCGCAAUCGCAAGGCCCACAAGCUCGGUCAAAACAAGCAUGAGAAGCGCGCUGCCCGUGCCACCAAGAAGACCAACACCGAUGAAGAGCUGGCCUUCCACCGCAAGAUCAGUCGUAACCGCAAAGCUCAUAAGCUUGGCGAGAAGAAAAACAAGAAGCGCGAUUUGUUCUCCCAGGAGCAGAAUGGAGAGUACACUGUUGUGCGUGCUCAGCAGGAACCCGAGUUCAAGACCCAGGACAUCAAGAAGAUCCAGCCGCACAAGAAGAACCACAAGGUUUCUUCGUCGUAG